AUGUCCAGACAAUCGUCCAUCUCAGUCGCAGUCCGAGUUCGCCCAUUUAGUAGCAUUGAAUCUGCCAACUUACUUGCGUCUUCAGAUGGGCAGUCUCUAGCAAGUUCGCUUUCUUUGAAAACUCCAGGAGCUUGCCGAGGAAUUCGAAGAGUAGUAAAGGUUUUGGAUGACCGUGUACUGGUAUUUGAUCCUCCAGACGAUGCUUCAUCCAUACACACUGGUAGUAGACGAAUGUCCGCUCCUCAACGUAACAUUUCUCGACUUUCUGGAAGAAAGGGAACCUUCACCGGAUUUGGUCGCGAUCUUCGUUACGCUUUUGACAGAGUAUUUGACGAAACUGCCCCACAGCAAAGUGUAUAUGAGCAAACUGCUCGCCCUCUCUUGGAUAACAUUCUAGAUGGAUUCAAUUCUACGGUUUUUGCAUACGGCGCUACAGGUUGCGGUAAAACUCACACGAUUACUGGAACAAAUGAGGAUCCUGGUAUUGUGUACCUAACCCUAAAGGAGCUUUUUGAACGAAUGGACGACUUGAGAGACGAAAAAGUUUUUAAUAUUUAUGUGUCUUAUUUGGAAAUUUAUAAUGAAACUAUUCGGGACUUGCUGACUGAGCAACCCUUUAGUCAAUCCAAACCUCUGACGCUGCGCGAGGACGCAGAUCGUCGAAUUACCGUUCCAGGAUUAACAUCAUUAUCUCCUACCACUGUCGAAGAGGUAAUGGAAAUUGUUGCUCGUGGAAAUGAAAACCGAACCAUGUCACCUACAGCAGCAAACGUUGCCUCUUCGCGAUCUCACGCUGUCUUGCAGGUUUCUGUAGUACAAAAGCCGCGCACUGCGGAUAUUAAUGAAGACCACGCUUUGGCUACUCUUUCCGUUAUUGACCUUGCUGGCUCAGAACGUGCAAAUGCCACCAAAAACCGAGGAGGCCGCUUAUUAGAAGGUGCCAAUAUUAACAGAUCGCUUUUGGCUUUAGGAAACUGUAUAAAUGCUUUAUGCGAUCCACAUCGAAGGGCACACAUUCCUUAUCGAGAUUCCAAAUUGACGAGACUACUCAAGUUCAGCCUUGGUGGUAACUGUAAAACCGUGAUGAUUGUAUGCAUUUCUCCUUCAUCAUUUCAUUAUGAAGAGACUCACAAUACAUUAAAAUAUGCUAAUCGCGCAAAAAACAUUAAAACUGAAGUUUUAAGGAAUAUGAUUAGCGUCGACAGACACGUUAGCCAAUACGUGAAAGCGAUUGUGGAUCUUCGCCAACAAAUUGCUGAACUCGAGGACCGACUAGGCAACCCCUCCUCAUCCGCCUCUAUAACAGCAGCCGCAAAGAACCAAGCAGCUACGCAAGCUAAAGCUUGCGAAUCAAAGUUAAUGGAAGCUAAGGAUUUACUGCGAGCUACCUUUUUGGAAACACUGCCUUUGCAAAAGGACACAAUCAAUAAAGUUGAGAGAGUCAAGCAUUAUGAUGAUUCAAUUAAUAUACUGAAAUAUUGGAUAUCGUCUUGCGAACGAAUCGCUGACAACCCAUCCAACGAAAGGCUAUUUUUAGCAAAGUCGAAGUUAGACUCGUUGUUGAUACAGAGAUCCACUAUCAUUGCUGACGUUAAUCCAGAAAUUGUUUAUGAUGCUUUUCAAAAAAGCGUUAAUCCUGUCGUAAAAUAUUUCAAAGAAAAUAAUGCUGUGAUGUAUGCCGAUAUCUUACAGGAUGAAAUCGAUUUACUAAAGUCUAUAAUUGAAAAUCAAAUUUUGGAUGCGCAAAGCAAAGUUGAUGAUUAUACCCCAGUGUUGCAAAAACUAACGGAGAUUUCCUUUAUGUCACUUACCCAAUUUAGACAUAAAGAUCAAACAGCAUUGACCAACCUGCUUAAGAAUUGGUUGUCAGAUUUUGGUUCAAAGGAUAAACAUAGCAUGUAUCAACUUCAUCACAUGGAAGGUUAUGAUGAAGCUAGACAACACUCCGCAAAGGAAACAGUCCCUUCUUUUCCAUCUUCUCCAUCCAAACAAUCGAAAAUUCCAAAUUCACCUAGAAGGUUUGCCGUUAAGUCACCCAAGAAGCCAGUUGCUAUACCCAGAAGAUCACCCAAGAAACGUGUGCGGUUUGAUGAUUCAAUGUCUACUUCUGAUUCAAGCGUUUCCGCUUAUAACUCUCCAGAACCAUUGCAUUCCAAAAAUAAACCUUGGCCCCUAGAGAAUGUGCAUCCGCCUCCCUCUUUCCCUUUGACCCUUCCUGCUAAAGGCAAUAAUACGUUAGAUCUUGCUGAGGCUUUAGACUCCCCCCAAUCCUCGCUUCUGGAAGAUAAGCCAGAAGAUGAAGACGACAAGGCAGUGGAGGUGGAAUCGUUACCAAAGAGUUAUGAGCCCUUGUCGACAUCAAAUCUGGAUGUGGAGAUGGCGAACAUUUUCGGAGCUGAAUCUUCGAAUGAAGAAGUUUCUCUACCUCACUUGGACACGAUAGAUCUGGACGGGAGCCCUGACUCUUCUAUGUCUAAGCCCAGCUUCAAUCCACAUGAGACAUUACAGGCAGAUGCUUCCCAAACUCCCGGUACUUCAAAUCCAGAUAGUCUUAACCCACCAGGUGAGAACAAUCACCAAAACCUUAGUUCUUUAUCGUCCUUGCGUCUGUCCAAGCCAUCCAAUAUUCGAAGAUCGUUUCUAGUCACUAGGGAUACACAAAGAGACAACUGA